AUGUAUGAACCAUAUGUCAAAGAAAUGUUGCAUUAUCAACAGAAAUUCCUUAAGAAAAGAGAUAAUAAUGGACUUCUUUUGCCAAUAAAUACUUCUCUAACAGGUGUUAAAGAUUUAUUUAAUCUUUUGAGUAACAUGUCACAGCAAUUGAAAACUCAAUCGUUAAUGCAGCAAUCACAUUUAUAUCUACAGUCUCUAAAAGAGGAACCACAGUUUAAAAACAAUGAUUUUAUUACAAAACUGAUAAAUCACUUCCAAGUUAUUUUAAGAUACGAGGAUAAAAAUUUGCAGAAUAAAGUUAAAUUAAUAUUACCUCUUGAAAAAUUACAAAUUACUGCUAUGGAAAAAUUACACAAAAUACAAAAAGAGAUGAAGAUAAAAAAUAUCGAUGGCAAUGUUGUAUUCGAAGAUGUGUUGUUUGGUGAAUUAUUAAGCUGGUUUAAAUUUAAAUUUUUUAAGUGGGUCGAUAGCCCUGUUUGUAAAAAGUGUAGAGGAGAAUGUUCUUUCGACCACAUUAAAGCUUCCCCUGAUCCUCAAAUAUCAAGAAUUGAAAUUCAUAAAUGCAAAAAUUGUAGAUGUGAAAAUGAAUUUCCUCGAUACAUAGAUCCAGAGCCUUUAUUAUAUACUCGACAAGGCAGAUGCGGAGAAUGGGCUAAUUGUUUUACUCUUAUAUGCCGUACUGUCGGUUUUGAUUCACGACUUGUUUACGACCAAACAGAUCAUAUUUGGACAGAGGUUUGGUCAAUUGCAGAAAACAGAUGGAUACAUGCAGAUGUUUGUGAAAAUAUAAUCGAUCGUCCACUGAUGUAUGAAAAGGGUUGGGGUAAAAAACUGUCAUAUAUCAUAGCUUUUUCUAAAGAUGAAAUGCAAGAUGUCACAUGGCGAUAUACUAACGAUUUCGAGAAAGUCAUGCAACGAAGAAAUCUUUGUUCGGAAGAAACGUUAGUAUUAUUUAUCAAUAAAUUAAAUUUAGUUCAUCAAAGUAGUAAUAACUACAGUAGUGCCAGAAGAAAAUUUGUUGUUAAGCGUAGUGCAUUAGAGCUUGCCAGUAUGAUAAAUGCCCCACUUGAUCAUAAAAAAUGCUCUAAAGCGUCAGAAAAUGAUUCUGAUUAUGUAGGUAGAGUAUCCGGAUCUCAAGCAUGGAGAAUCUCUCGAGGUGAAAUGGGAAAUGUAAGUUAUGAACCAACGCAUUGGAAGAUUCCUCAACAGGUUUCAGAUUUUGAAUUGACCUAUUCUAUUAUUAAUGAUUGUUACGCAACGCGAGAUGUAAUUAAUAAUAGAAUUUUAGAAACAAAACAAAAAUGGCAAAACGGUGUUGAAUAUGUAAAUGGUGGAGUCUUUCUAAAAAAAGAAGAGGAUUGGAAAAUGGUUUACUUAGCCAGAUCGCCUGAAUCAAUAACUGGAACGGUAACCUGGUCUUUUGUUGUCGAAAAUUAUGAGAAAAUGACUAUAGAUAGUGUAGAGUUGCAAGCAACGACCGCGACUUUUAACGAAGCAGUCGUUGAGUGGAGAAUACAAGGUAUCUUCGACCGCGAUUCCUUAAUAAUAAAGGAAGCAAAAAUUACAACAGGAAACUUUCGAUCGACUGACUUCUGCGGCGCAAUUCGAUUAAAAGUGAGUGCCACGCUUCGCGGAGGUAAAGGUGACACAGCAUGGCAGCAUGCUCAACUAUUCCGACAGAGUUUAUCUACAAAUUCAAAAAAACCUUGCAUGGUGAUCAAAAUAACAUUGGAAAACGCGAAAAUUUAAUAAAAAGUUACAUACUUUAUUCACAAGAUAUAAAAAUGAA